AUGUCGUCCUUCACGCUGCCCCGCGGCGUCUUUCAGACACCCGAGCUGUCGCCCGAGACGAAAGCCACGCUGCGAGACCGGGGCCACGACCUCCUUCGCUCGUUCGUCGCCAGCGUCACCAAGAAGCAAAACAACGCGCUGGUCUGGGACCCGGUCGGCGACGCCCAUGGCGUGAGCCUCUUCCAAGCCAUGGACCCGAGCCACACGUCCGAAAACAAGCGUACGUUUCCUAUGAAAAACGGCGCGACAUUCAAAAUGUUGCUAGACGUGAUGCAGUACCGCGCGCUGGCCAAGAUCAACGCGACUCUCGACGAAGUCGCGCGCCUGCACCGCUUUGACACCAAGGCGCAGUGCGACCAGUACCGACGACACUACGCCCACGACAUUCUCGACCUGCUGCCGCUCUACGUCCUCAGCGAACCGACGAGGUCCGACGCGACGACGUCCCGCAUGUACAUCAAAUGGGCGGUCAUUCAGAGCCCGGUCGCGCUCAUCAAGGACCGCGACUUUACCUACCUCGAGACGCAAGACGAAUUCGUGCUUGAGACGGGGCGGCGUGGCUGGGCGUACUGCCAGUCGUCGAUCUCGCUGCCAGGGUGCCCACCGCUGCCGCAGUAUGACGUGGUGCGUGGCCACCUCGCCAACUCAGGCUGCGUGUUUCUGGAAACCGACAAGCCAGGGACACUCGACGUCAUCUAUCAUCUUGGCACCGACGUUCACGGCAACGUGCCUCACUUUGUGCGCCAAAUGGCCAUCAAGCGCCGCGGCAAGUCGAUCGCGCGCCUCGACAAGUACAUCCACGAGAUGCGCCUGAGUCAGCUCCCCAUGCGUGCGAAAAGUGCGAUGCCCCAUGGCCCGCUCCCAAAGCAUUGCGCCACGUGUUUUGUGUCGUUCCGCUUUCGCGCGUCCAAGAUUUGCCAGAGCUGCGGCCAGGUUGUCUGUUCAAAGUGCAGUCGCAAGUGGUCCCUGCACGUGCUCGAACACUCGAAAGCCGACGUGCGCAUCUGCCACGUGUGCUCGCUCGCCGUGCGCGAUGGCUCGGUGCGGGAAAAGGCCGUCGACGGCGCGCCCCGACGCCGCGGGGUCGAGAGCGCGUCGAUGCCCGACGUGUACCGCCCGUCAGCGCGCUUUGGUGAAGACGAGAACCUCACGGCAUCGAUGCCGCGGCCGUUGACGCGCCGCCCAUCCGACAUGCUUCGGCGCCCGUCGUCGUCGAGCCAGAUCAGUGACUGCAGCCGGGUCUCGACCUUGAGCCAAAGCUGCGACCUCUCGUACGUGGAAAUGUAUGGGCCACCCAUGUCCCCGAGCCGGCGGUCGUCCGUGGCCCGGACUCAGCGCCGGCGAUCGUCGGUGGCCAUGCGCGUUGCACCGACGAGCGCACCGGCCAAACACAUCCUGACCGACCAUACGCCCGACUUGAGCGGCGACUUCGACAUUAUCGCCCCGGCCAAGCGAUUCCCGCUGCCCGACGACUACUUCCAGGCGCCGCCGCUCUCGUUAGACGACGCCGACGCCUACCGCGCGACCGCCGACAUCAACUUGGCCGACCUCGUUGCGUCGGCGACAUCGCCCAUGAAGCUACAGACAUGGACACCGGUCGGCCGGACCAGCGGUGUCAACCUCUUCCAAAUGCACUCAUCUGCGUUGCCAGCCAACGCCAGCUAUGUCCCGUACCGGGCGGUGGCGCGCAUUUCAGCAACGAUCGACGAAGUCGCAGCGCUGCACGCGUUCGAGACGCGGACCAAGUGCUUCGAGUACAUGCGCUGCUACGCCAGUGACAUUCUCGACAUCAUUCCUCUCUACUCGCUCCGCGAUCGGACGCCGGACGCGCCGCACCAUCAAACGUACGUCAAGUGGGCCGCCGUGCAGUCGCCGCUCUCCGUCAUUAGCAACCGCGAUUACCUCUAUCUCGAGGGCCAAAACACGUUUACCAUGGCGUCCGGGCGCCGCGGGUGGGCGUACUGCCAGUCGGCGAUCGAACUACCGUGCUGCGCGCCACUCAAGCAGCUCGACCUGGUGCGCGGGUCCCUCGAGCACACGGGGUGUGUCUUUCUUGAAACAUCGACGCCCGGCAUCCUCGACGUCGUCUACCACAUUGCAUCCGACUUCAAGGGUUCAAUUCCCCAGUUUGCCAUGCUUUUGGCGGUGCGCCGCCGAGCGCGCAAAAUCACCAUGGUCGACGAUUACGUGCACCAGCAGCGGCUCCGCCACACGGUCCUGCUCGAGUCCUUGUCGAUGACGUCGGUCCCGGCCACGACCCGUCCGAAGCACUGCAUGCUCUGCAGUAGCUCGUUCCGGUUUCGCCGCCCCAAGACUUGUCAGCCCUGCGGCAAGGUGGUAUGCAGUAGCUGCAGCCGCAAGUGGACCAUGCCGACCGACGCGAGCGCGCCCAUGCGCGUGUGUCACGUCUGCUCCAAGACGGUGCGCUCAUCGCUGCCGCCAACAUCGAUGCUCGGGCUUCGCGACACAGAGAGCAUAUCGGACACUUCGCUCGACGGGGAGAACGACGCGUGGUCGACCGAGCCGCCGUCGCAAGGUACCGCCAACGACGGCGUCGACAUGGCCUAUUUGCAAGUGUACGAAUCGGCGCCACGGCGGCCGAAACCGCCACGCAAGAGCAGCUUGGACCUGCCGGCCCGACCGUCGAUGCUGCGACCGCGCACCUUUUCCGAAGACGUCGACUAUAGCACCGACAAUUCGUUUCUGUACGACAUUGACAGUCUCGUCGACCCCAUGAUCACGCUGCGUGUGCAUAAAUGCUAACUACAUUGUAAUACCACACCCUCUCUCUCC